AUGCUUCGGGACGAAAGGCGCUGCACCAAUAUUGAGGAUAUCCGAGGACGUUUAAUUCACGAACUUAAUGUGCGUGAUGAUAAUAGAGCCCGGGCAACCGUUGAGUACCGCAAGUCUCGAGAUGACAUCGAUCGAAGGAAAGAGCCUGUACUCCGCGCUGUGUGGCAACAUGCUCCAAAGCUCAAUGGUAAAGUUUUUAACCAAGUGAUCCAUGCCGGCGAAGAAGUUGCUCGUAUCGUGCCCGCCAAAGAUUAUGCGCAAAAACCUCAGCCCAUUGUGAAGAACUCCAAAGCGAUAGCAGAUGGGAAGCCUGAGGGAACCCAAGGAAGAGGCGAAGCAGAUGUUCAAUUCAUAUCCAAAUCCGACUUUGAAGAGGCCACAUUGGGAAGCCGCAAAGUGGAGAAGAAAUCGACGCGAGAUGUAAGUUCUGGAUCCAAAGAGCAAAAAGCCGCUUUCAAAGAAGAUCAUACCGAAGAUUUGUUGCCGAGUAUUCAUCCCGCAGCCAACUUUGUGGAGGUCCAAUCAACUCCUGGAAUUCAAUCAACUCGUGCAAUUCAAUCAACUCGUGCAAGUCAAUUAACCCCUGCAAUUCAAUCAACCCCUAUAAGUCAUAAAGGGGAGGGCAGCUCUGGGGGUGGCGUACAGUGCACUAUUGGUUUGAGCUCACACGGUGCUACUUCAUGA